UAAAUUCAAAGCUGUACUUAAUGGCAAAGACGAGGACUGGUGGGUAUUGUGUUAACGUUUGUCAGGAUGGGUCUUUUGCAAUAUGUGUUAGUGCUGGUUGUGCUUGUGGUGUUUGAUCUGAAGAAUGCUUUUGGAAGUUUGAGAUCCAGUCAAAGUCCAAAAAGCAAGAAGCAUCAAUCAUAUCCAGCUUCCAGAGUGCCUGUUUCUUCUCAAGUGCUCGGAAACACUUUGCAGAAGGCUUCUCUGUCUCAGAGUCUUGACUACAGAGGAUUUGCACAAGAGCCUCUUGGUCUUCAGGAGAAGCAGGUGUUGCAGGGUCCAGUGAAGCCUUUGGACUGGAGGUUUCCCACUGUUCCAGAAGUGCCGAGUGAGAUGGCGGUGGACUUCCAUUUGAGGCAACCUGUGACUCCCAGUAGUGUAGCUAUUCAAUGCGGUGAGAACCGGGUUCAUGUGGAGGUACAGCAGGACUUGUUUAGCAAUGGUGAACUGAUCCAGCCAUCUGGUCUGACUUUGGGAGGAUGUCCUGUUGUCGGUUUGGUCCCAGGCUCCAAGGUGCUCUUCUUUGACAAUGAACUGCAGGACUGCAAUAGUGUGUUGAUGAUGACCAAGGAUGAGCUUGUCUACACCUUUGCCCUUACCUACACUCCUGAGGCGUUUGCUGGCACUCCGAUUACCCGUGCAGGUGGUGCAGUUAUUGGUGUUCAAUGCCAUUAUCAAAGGUUUCAAAAUGUCAGCGGUAAUGCCUUGAAGCCAACUUGGGUCCCUUAUGCCUCAACGGAGGCUGGUGAAGAAGUCUUGCUGUUCUCCCUGAAGCUCAUGAUGGAUGACUGGUCCUUUGAGAGGCCUUCAAACUCUUACUUCCUGGGUGACGUUAUUAAUGUUGAGGCAUCUGUGAAGGUAUACAACCACGUCCCUCUGCGUGUGUUUGUGGACAGCUGUGUGGCCACCCAAGUACCUGAUGUGAACGCCCUUCCGAGAUAUUUGUUCAUUGAGAAUCAUGGAUGUCUUGUGGAUGCCAAGGUCACAGCUUCCAGCUCGCGCUUCAUGCCUCGAUCCCAGGAGGACAAAAUCCGGUUCCAGCUGGAGGCCUUCAUGUUCCAGGGGGGAUCCAGUCCUUCUAUCUACAUGACGUGUGUUCUGAAGGCCACUCUUGCUUCUGCACCUAGUGACGCGCUCCACAAAUCCUGUUCCUUUGCCAAUGGGUGGCUUGCUGCUGAUGGGAACCACCAGGUUUGUGGUUGCUGUGACUCCACAUGUGGUCCUGAUGGUGGAACUGCUGCUUCUCCUUUUGGAGGCCUUCAGUGGGAAGGGAAGGCCUCGCUCGGUCCUGUAGUGGUUCAAGAGCACAAGAAGACUUUGGCUGGUCUUCAAUAAAUGUGGGGGAGCAAACUUAUUCUUGCUUCGGUUUUUCUUGUCUAGUUUAACCAAUUGAUUUGAGCGAGGAAGCGGGUAGUCCUACUGUACCUAUUCUCUUGCCAGAAGGAAAGGCUCCCUUUUCGCGUUAGGGAAGUUAAUAACCCUUUUAAAGGGACCUGCUGUGAGCUCCCUUUUGAUGAGUACUGUAAAGGUGGAAUACAUUGCCCAUGAUGCUGUAAAGGGACUGCUGUUAAUUGGCACUUGUGCCAAGAGUUCUGCGUGAACGUCCACUUCCUUGAAGCACUGCAGAUUUUGCGUGCCUCUUAUGCAGUGAACUUGAUUUCUUCGUGUUGGUAACUUCAAAUGAGCAGUUUAAUUUUCUCCUUGCAUCCCCAAAUAGGUUUGCUCAGUUAAAUUUGUUUCCUAAUGCUCCUUGUUGACAUCUCUAAUGCUUUUAAAUCCAUGUACAAUAAAAGCGCACUCCCAGUAUCAACACUGGCACAACA